CCAAAUCCCGACCUCCAAGUUACCCGCCAGCUCCUCUCGUAUGCUGCGCCUUUCCACUUUUUCCUUUCCUCGGAAGAUCGCCCCGACUAAGGACAGCCAAGCAAAUCUUAUUUCUGUUUCCAAUCAAGAAGCUUAGUUUUCAGUACGACACUGCCAUCCGCCAGCCUGCAUAUCGUUAGAUUCUUCCGAUCGAGCAAGGUUUGCCGACCGUUCUCGGCCUUAGGGACAAGUGAGCCAGCUUAUCGUCUGAUGUUUGACUUUUUUGACUGCUGUCGUCGAGAUAGGGCUGCUUCCGGAACGAACAGAUUGCUUGGCACGGUGUAUUUUCAGACCGUUGCUGCCUGCGCUCUUACAUCUAGCGGCGCAGCGUCAAUGACAUAUCCAAUGGAUCCGAGGACAUGGGCGCAGUAUCACGGCGACAUUAGAUGGACCCCUGAAUCAUAUGAAGGGCGCACAAGGGAGAAAGAAUCGUUCACUAAGUCGAGCAACGUCACUGUCUAUUGUCCUGCUUCAAUGUUGGCCAGCCUGCCUAUCGACGGACCAAAAUCUCUUCACGAAACUCUCCCGUUUGCCCUCCAUCCCCAAGCCCAGGACAUAUGUGUUGGGGAGAGUAUGUCAACUCCAAAGAUACCAUCUCUAUCGCAAUACAUUCCUGUGUGUUGAAGACGUACGAUCCUAUCACAAUAGCUUUACCUGAAUGGCUGACUUCCUGGUCAAUGCUUUUUU